AUGGAUGGGAGAGAAGGUAUGGCAUUGCAAGGUUCAGCACCAUAUUAUAUGCAUAGAGCAAUUCCUGGUUCAGUUGGGUCAGGUGCAGGGCAACCUGGAUUGAACACACCAUCUUCAGGGUUUAGACCCUCUUCAAACCCUAAUCUUUCAUCUCAGCAAAUUGUUAGGGCUAAUAAUUCUGUGGGUCCUGGAUUUAAUGUAGAAGGAUCCCAACCCAAUGUGCCUCAAGGGUUCACUAUUACUGUGGCUUCAAUUGGGGGUUCAUUGAGUGAGCCUACAAAGAAGAAGAGAGGGAGGCCUAGGAAAUAUGGGCCUGAUGGUUCUGGUCCUGGGGCGGCAUCAGGGUCUGGUACCGUGGCGUUGGGGCUCUCCCCGUCUACCCCGAAUUCGAGUUCUCUUGCGGAAAGGAAGAAGAGAGGAAGACCUCCUGGGUCUGGGAGGAAGCAGAGAUUGGCUUCUGUUGGUGACUGGAUGAAUAAUUCAGCAGGCAUUGCAUUUAUGCCGCAUGUCAUUCAUGUUGCACCCGGAGAGGAUGUUGCCUCUAAAAUACUCUCAUUUUCGCAGCAGCGGCCAAGAGCUCUAUGCAUUAUGUCAGGCAGUGGUGGUGUUUCUGCUGUCACAUUACGUCAGCCUGGAUCGGCAACUGGGACUGUCUCAUUUGAGGGCCGUUUUGAGAUACUAUGCUUAUCUGGUUCAUACUUGGUUGCUGAAACUGGUGGGUCACGUAAUCGUACUGGUGGUGUUAAUGUUUCUCUUUCAAGUCCUGAUGGGCAUGUGAUUGGUGGUGCAGUCGGAGGAAGGCUGGUUGCUUCAAAGCCAGUUCAGGUUGUAGUGUGCAGUUUUGUUUAUGGGAAUCCGAAGGGCAAGGGCAAGGAGUCAGAUUCGAUAGAUGAUAAGAGCUCUGAACAACUUUUAAGUGAUAAAUCAUCAGCACAGAUUAAUAAUGCUUCUUCUAGCCAAAAUGUUCCUGGCUCAUGGCCUGGUUCUAAAGGACUAGAUCUAAAGAAUCCCAACACUGACAUUGACUUGGCGAGUGGAUGACACUGAUAAAAUACAUGUCAUGUUACUAGUUUGGGCGAUUUGUAAAUACAUUGUGUUGUGUAUUUAAAGCCUUUUAGAUGCAUGAGCUUCCGGAUCAUCAGUUCCUUACGGAGUAGGGUGAAAAAGAUAACAGAAGUUUCCUGACCUUUGUGACGAAGCUUACGGUCUUGAAGCCCUGAGUUCAGAAUCAUAUAUUGGCUGAUUUUGGGGUAGCCAGAUUUGAGAUAACCCAGUUUAGGUAGCAGCAUUGGUAGGUGUAUUUUACAGCUAAGAAGAGUUUAUGAUGAGUGUUUGAGUGCUUCAGAUUCUGUUGUAACUCUCUAGUUGACCAUUCUUAGUUUCUGAUAAAAUUAUUUUUAAUGUUAUCUCCCUCAUUUGUGAUUGUGUCUCUUGAUUAUCUGCUGUUGGUUAAUUCAUAUUGUCGUUAUAGGAUUCA